AUGUCGUUUCCUACUAUUAUUGUGACUAUUACAUUUGACCAAAAUGUGAUGGAUGGUGAAGACAUAAAAAAAGACAUUGUUUCAGUAAAAGACAUCUAUGGCAAAUGGAAACCACAAAGCUCAAGCCAAACUAAUUCACCAUCUACAAGUUUAAUGCCAGCAGGCAGUAAUAAUGAUAUGAGAAAAUCAGAUGAUGAUAUUGGUAAUGUUGUUGCUAAAGAAUAUUUGCCAACAGAGGCAGCUGAAUCCAACAGCAACGUUUGUGAUUUGAUUCAAUCUAACAAUUCCAACUUGAAUGCUCAUAGUUUAGUUGAAAAAAAUAUUGAAAAUAAAUUUAAUUAUUGUAAAAAUCUAAACUUAGCUUUAGACAAAAAUGAUGCAGCUCAGUUUUGUGGACGAAUAUUGAAAAGGCAUGAAAUAACAACAUGCCUGGCACUUGGUGUAUAUCAACCAAAUGACUAUUCCUAUCCUGUUACUGAUGGUUGCAGUUUCCAAAAAGAAUGGUUCAAAUGGUUCAGAUGGCUCAAAAUAGGAUUGGUCGUAGAUGUCUUCAUUGAGAGAAAUAGAAAAGAUAUAAUUCAAGAAAAUAGAAAACUUAUGGUAUGCAUUUUAGAUUGUGUUAAGUACCUAAGUGAAGAAAUGAUAGCUUUUCGUGGAAAAACAUCUAAUAAUGGAAAGUUUAUAAAUCUUUUUCGAACAAUAUCUAAACGGGAUCCAAGUGCUGCUGCAUAUCUGAUGAAAGUUGAGGAAUCACAUAGAUUAAGAAAGAAAAUGGCAUUUAAUUUUCUAAGAUCCAGCAAUAUUCGAGUUGUCUUGACAACAAUGAAACGAAUGAUUGUUGAGAAAAUUGUGUCAAAUAUUGCAGAACAACAAAAGGCAUGUCUUAUUUGUGAUAGCACACAAGAUUUUAGUAAAAAGGAAGCAAAUGUUUUUUUGCUGAGAUAUCUAGAAAUAAAUAGUAUGGGAGAUUUGCAUCCAGUUGAAAAAUUGUUGGAAGUCUUUACUUGUGGAGAAACAUCGGGCAAGAUACUCAAAGGAGAAAACAGCACAGAAUCAGCCGUAGAAACGGUGAUGAAAAGAUAUUCAGAAAUAUUAGCAAGUCUAUCCGAGUUGGCUGAAUCAUCAUUGAGUGACAGUGAAACAGUUACUGUUGCACUCGGAGUUCGUAAAAGAAUGAAAAACAUAGCAUGA